AUGGCGCAAAUAAUCCAAGACCUCUUCUACUCCUUCGGCAAUUGCCUGAGCUGCUUCCCGGGCUCUCCCACCCUCAAAGUCAACAGUCGCAGCUUCAAGAUUCUGCAAUUACUCGGCGAGGGCGGCUUUUCCUACGUCUACCUCGUCCAAGACCUCUCCACAAACGAGCACUUUGCCCUGAAAAAGAUCCGCUGCCCCUUCGGCGCCGAGUCCGUCCAGCAGGCCAUGCGCGAGGUGGAGGCCUACCGCCUCUUCCGCCACGUCCCCAACAUCAUCUCCGCCGCCGACCAUGCCGUCGCCACCGAGCGCGGCGCCGACGAGGCCACCAAGACCGUCUACGUCCUUCUGCCCUACUACCGCCGCGGUAACCUCCAGGACAUGAUCAACGCCAACCUCGUCAACCACUCCAGGUUUCCCGAGCGCCACCUCAUGACCCUCUUCCUCGGCGUCUGCAAGGCCCUCCGCGCCAUGCACGACUACCACGCCCCGCCCACCGAGCGCAUGGAGAUGGGCGACGAGGCCGACAAUCACAACCGGCUCGGUCCGAGCACGGCCGGUGGCAGCAGCAGCACGGCCAGUCGCGGAAACACGAAACGCACAGAGGAGGACGAGGAGACGGAGCAAGAGAGACCCCUCAUGGAAUCGGAAGAUCAGAUUGGGCAAGGCGGCAAGACAAAAGCCUAUGCGCAUCGCGACAUAAAACCAGGCAACAUCAUGAUAGACGACUCCGGCUCGGACCCCAUACUCAUGGACCUCGGCUCCGUCGCGCCCUCGCCCAUCCCCGUCACCUCCCAGUCCGUCGCCCUGCAGAUCCAGGAGACCGCCGCCGAGCACUCCACCAUGCCCUACCGCGCGCCCGAGCUCUUCGACGUCCAGACCGGCACCGUCGUCGACACCAAGGUCGAUAUCUGGUCCCUCGGCUGCACCCUCUUCGCCUGCCUCGUCGGCAAGUCCCCUUUUGAGAUGCGCUCCGACGAGACCGGCGGCACCCUCUCGCUCUGCAUCAUGGGCGGCGACUGGCGCUUCCCCGACCAGUACCCCAACGGCGCCAAGCGCGUCAACAGCAUCCAGGUCGCCAAGGCAAAGGCCGCCGCCGGGGGCACCGCCGCCGCCGGUGGUGGUGGUGCCGGGGAGGGCUCCUCCGGCGAGGCGGCCAUCAGCGAGCCCAUUCGCGAGAUUGUCCGCCAGUGUCUCAAGGUCGAGCCGGCUGAACGUCCUGAUAUUCAUCAGUUAAUCACCAUGGUGGAAAACGUCCUUCAGAACCUACCCAACGGGGAUUACGACUCGUAA